UGAUAGUGCAUAAUUAUAAUGACCCUAGACCAAUUCUAUCCCAAGGCAGGGAGUUAGUGGAUUCUGUGAGGUGAAGAGGUGGUGUGAUUUUCAUGAUGGCUUGUAUUGUGGAAGCCAGGAAGGAGCAAGGAGAGGAAUACAAUGGUAGUAGUAAUCCUAUCUCAUCUAUAAUAGGGGAGAGAUGGAGGGUACAAAAACAAAUGAACAAGUGCAAGUUGUCUUAAACACCCACAUAAACUGCAGAAACUCUUUAAAUAUCAUUAUACCUUGUAGUCUGUCUUGAUUACUUUUAUCAGUAGGUGAUGGAAAUUAUUGGGGUUUUCGUUGAUGAUUUCAUGAUUAUGCUGAUAGUUUGACCAGAUUUUGCAUAACCAGUGAGGAAUAUACCUACGAGAACAUAACUAAUUAUUUCUGUGAUCUCUCAAAAUAAUCCCUGUAGAAAAUCCAGCUUGGACUAAAGAUAGUACAUACUUAACUUGCGAGUGGAGGAAAGCUGUUGUCAAAAAUAGUGGGAAAGUUAGUGAUAGAUGAAAUGGUAUAAAUUAGGAAGAGAACUGAAGUUGUUUAGAUUCUUAUUAGCUUUAAUAUUGUUGCACAGGAAAGAACUAAGGUUGUUGAAGGCAUAUGCACUAGUAGGAAAGGAUUAUAAAAGGAGGUGAAGGCCUCUAUUGUGGUCUUGUCUAACAGUAUAGUGAAGGAUAAAGGAAACAUUGUGCUCCUGGAAAACUUGUUCUGAUGUCAUUGACGGGAGAUAACAGACUUCCCAUGCGUCCCAACACUAUCUCUGGGCGACAGAGGGAACGACCGAAAAUAGAACUUCCACUGCUGUUUGAGCCCCGACAGCAACAGUCUGACUUGCCUGAGCUGGACGCACAUGUCAAGGAGAUCACUAGAAAAAAUGGCAACCUGGUCAUAGAAAGCAAGAGUUACAAGAGUUCAAUAGAGGACAUGGAGUACAUUUCCGAGCUGGGCAAUGGUACCUCCGGUAAUGUGGUAAAGAUGCUCCACAAGUCCUCCAAGAAGGUCAUAGCAGUCAAGCAAAUGCGGAGGUCAGGCAACUUGGAGGAGACCAAGCGGGUGUUCUUUGACCUGGAGGUGGUGCUCAAAUCUGACUGUCCCUUCAUUGUGCAGUGCCUCGGCUGCUUCAUCACAGACUCCGACGUAUGGAUCUGCAUGGAGCUUAUGGCUACCUGCCUCGACAAACUUACUAAAAGAUAUAAGAAACCCAUCCCAGAACCUAUCCUAGGGAAGAUCUCUGUGGCGACAUUAAAAGCCCUAAAUUACCUCAAGGAGUCACAUGGGGUCAUCCACCGGGACGUUAAGCCCUCCAACAUCCUUCUGGAUGAGCGAGGAAACAUCAAACUCUGUGACUUUGGCAUCUCAGGGAGACUAGUUGACUCAAAGGCCAAGACUCGGAGUGCUGGCUGUGCUGCGUACAUGGCGCCUGAACGGAUAGACCCACCAGACCCUAACAAGCCAGACUACGACAUCCGAGCAGAUGUGUGGAGUCUCGGCAUCACGCUGGUUGAGCUUGCCACUGGCCAGUUUCCGUACAAAGACUGUCGUAAUGACUUUGAGGUGCUCACCAAAGUUCUUCAGGAUGAUCCCCCGUCCCUACCAAAAGAUGGCACUUUCAGCCCAGAAUUCUGUGACUUUGUAAAUGACUGCUUAAUCAAGGAAUAUCGCCUACGACCAAAAUACAAGAAGCUUCUCGACUAUGCUUUUAUAAAAAAGUAUGAACAGAAGAAGGUGGAUGUGUCAGCGUGGUUUGCAGACGUGUGUCGCGCUACGGAUCAAAAAGUGCGCAACUCCCCACAAAGAGUAAGUAUAUUUUCUUCCCCACUACUCUCCAGGGCUUCUCGGUCCACUAGUCGACCACCAAGUGUCCCCAGCAGUGGUGGAGGGGGAGGUGGUGGUGGUGGUAGUGGUGGGGGUGAUGCCACUCUUCCACCUCCCCCGGUUGCACCCAGAAGAAGAAGCCGCACCCCCGAGGCCCACAGCCACGACCGCCUCAAUCACCAUCCACAGCAACAACAGCAGCAGCAGCAGCAGCAUUCAUCCCCGUCACACCAGCAACAAAAUCAGAUUCAUCAUCAAACGGAAGAAAAAUCACAUCCAUCCCCACAAAAAUAUCAUCUUCCACAUCACUUAGAAAACAGACAAAGGGAGCAAGAGCACCAAAAACAAAGGCAUCAUCAUCAUCAUAGACAUAAGCAUCAGAAUAGUGAUGAUGAUGGUGAUGGUGGUGGUAGUGGUGGUGGUGGUGGUGGUGGUGGUGUUAAUAGUCCUAGCAGACUCUGUGAUGGAAACAGCAGCAGCUGUUGCAGCAGCAGUUGUAGCAGCAGCAACGGCAGCAGCAACGGCAGCAGCAGUGAUGGCAAUGGCGUGGUUAGUCGCUCCCAGCUUCCAGCAUCUCCCAGUCUGACCCGUGCCGUAUCUGCUUCGCCAUCUCGCUCUGGGCCCCCUCUAUCCCCUGCCCCCUCCCGGGCACUCUCCACCUCCCCACUCCCAAGGACUGUGCUCCCCUCUGCCCACCCUCCCCAUUCAUACCAUGGAGUUAGUCAUACAGGGUCCUUCCCUCAACCCCCUCUCUCAGCCCCCCACCAGUAUGCUGUCCCGCCCACCACACAGUCCUUCUCUCCAUUCAAUUACUCACCCCGGCCUUACUCUCAUGUGUACAGUCAGUACAGUAACCCGUACACCCAGGUGUUGCCUCCCCGGUCCAGUCACAGUAGUUUUUAUAACAGUGGGUGUGGUAGUGUGCGGGACAGCCGGGGUAGUCAGGGUAGCUGUAGCGGUAGCACUCAGUCGUCCAGCUCAGGGACUACCAGUACAACAAACACGACCUGCAGUGGGGCAGGCACCAGCGGCUCCGUCCGGGAGAUGGCCUGCAGCUGGCCUACGCCUGGAGGCCAGCGGGAGGCCUGGGGCAGCUGUGCCAGUAGUCAAGGGGGGUCAGCCACCACUACCUCUGUCUCCCAAACUCCUCCCAUGCACAGGAAAACACCUGAGCCUGUAAGGUUCAACCCCGAGCCGUGGGCUCCCCGCGGCCGCUUUGCUCAGCCCGCCCACUCCCACCACUUCCGCUCACACUCCACUGACCUCACCACACGGGGCCUCCCCAGCUCCCGGUACCCUCCAACCUACCUGCCCCCCCAUGUGUCCCCCCUCGUCUCUCGAAGGAAGGUGGAGAACAGAACAGCAGUCACCACAGCAGCAAACGGCAGCAGCCACAACCACAGUCAUCCAAGCCAAGUGUCAACAGCAGCACCGUUACCCGCCUCUAGUGCUGGCCUGCCCCCGGCCCCCCCUAGCCUCACUACCCCACACUAUAGGUACACUCAGGAAGCAUAUUACAACAGCCGACCUUACUACACACCUGAACCACAGCGCAGAAUAUUUCCCCGGCUGGGUAAUCCAUGACCCCGAAGGGUGGAUCCCAAAGAGGCCUCCCGCCCUGUCUGCCAGCCCCACCAUCUCCUCAGCAGCCACAAGCGAACAGGGUAGAGCCUCUGGACCAGGCUCUCAGACCUCUUGUUCCAGGGGGGGAGGGAGAAUGGCCAGACAGCACCACUACAGGCCUCGACCCAGCACUCUCUUGCACCCUGUAACCAGCUAGUCACUUGCCCAGUGUUACUUUUUUUUAUUCUUAUUUAUUUUUUUAUUUUUAUUUUUUUUUAUUUUUUUAUUUAUUUAUUUAUUUUUAUUUAUUUAUUUAUAUUUUUUUCCUGGUAAUCUGGUGUAACAUGUGGUAAAUGUACAUUAUGGGUUGUACACCCAUGAUAAUGUCCACUGCUGCACCAUGGUGGUGGGCACCUCCCUUCCAGAGGUGUUGGGCAGGCCCAGUCUGUGAUGGCCAACCCAGAGUGGGUGCCAUUCUGACCACAACAUUUCUGGCCAAGAGCAACUAAAUCCAGAUGUAAUGAGGAGACAGAUAACCACAGUACCUGAAUUAAUAAAUGAGUUCAGUAGACUUUAAAUACUAAGUCAUGAAAUAUAAACAUGUCACUAAAAUUUCAACAUAAAUAUUCUCUUAUAUUAAGAAGAGAAAACUCCAGUAUAAAGUUAUGAUAUAGAACCUUUUCAGUUGUUUCAUCCUUGUGGAGAUAAUAUUGGAAUGGUUGAUAAAAAGAAAGCACCCCAGAUUCUUAAUAUUAGUUAUCUUAAUUCAUUCAGAUUCAGUGGGAAGAUAAGGUUUAAAAUUUUAUUGGUGAGGACAUUUCAGAUUAUACUGCAUGACAGUUAAAAUUGCUCCUAGUUUCCAUGAUGUGCAGGAGUGGUUGGGCUGGCAGCUCACUGGGACUUGUGGGUCGUGAUUCCCAGUGGGAGAAGCUGGUGAAGGGUGUGGGGGAGGAGGGAUGUGAAGCUGGUGGCUCUUCUUUUUCUUUUUUUCCUCCUCACAAAGCCUUAUUCUCUGGCAUUAUGAGGCUCAGUUCAUCCCUUGUUCAACAUUGGUAGGAUCUGUGGGACUCCAGGAGAAGCUUUCUAGGAAAAAAUGUAAAGGGAAACCUCCUCCAGACAUACCUUUGCUAGACAUGGAACACUUGAGAGUUCAAAUGAACGUUUACCUCAGUUAUUUGUGAAUUACUGUGCCUUUCACAUGGAUAUCACCUGUUGGGCUGUGCUUGUAGAGGUCAGGCAGCAGCUGGGUCACUGCUCCACCUCUGCCUGCUCGCCUCUCCUGGGCCAGAAGUGAAAAUGAAGUCAGUGCUGCGCAGCACCCACCUGGCGCACCACCUGGCCAAUGAUGGCUCUGCUAGUCUGGUACUGUUACCUGUGGACAGCCUUCAUCAUACUUGUACCUCUGCUUUUAAUACUUGAAAAAUAGUUACUCUUAUUUGGAAGUGAUAAUAAGGUCUUCAUGUAGAUAACUCAUGAUAUAUUUUUCACUGGAAUUUAAAUCUAUAUUAAGAAUAUGAAAACAGUGAUGCUUACAGAUAAGUUAAAUUAAAAUAUUUUUCUGUAAGUGCAGUGCAAAAUGUCUUAAAUCAUGCAUGGUGAUUUUUCCUAAACUUGUAUCAUAUAGGAAGAAUUUCAUAUGUAUCAAUUAAGUGGCAACACUUGCCAUGCUGCUCUGUGAUGGGUGUGCUGGAGGUUGUUGUAGAAAUAAUUGUUCUCGACAUCUUAAGUCAUCCUCUGGUCACAAUAUAGGAUUCCAAAGUUGUUAUUUUCUCCUUGCGUCUGUGAUGCUGCCUCAUUGGCUGAGUUUGGAUGCAUUGAUUUUAUGUAGUGUCUUAUCUCUCCAGUAGAUAUUUCCUUUUUUUGGGAAGAAGUAUGAUCAAACACUGCAGCAGCAGAAGCAGCAUGUACUCUGUCUUGCCAGAGUAGAGAGCCAGCAUAUAGAAUAUCUCCUCUGAUGAAACUUAGCUUUGCCAAAAAAAAAAAAAAAAAAAAAAAAAAUCAUAAUAAUUGAACUAAUUUCUAUUUUAUUACCAAUAUGACAUUAAUCUGGUGUCAUUGCUAGGCCUUAAUACUAGCCAGAAUGUUAGAAGAGCUCAUUUUAUCCCCACACACAGACGUCCAAGGAACAUAAAGCCUGCAAAAGUGCCUCAGGUAGUGAAGACAUUGGCUUUUGAUGACUACAACACAUAGUAAACUAGGAUUCUCUUCAAAGCACGUCAAGGAGUUUUAACUAGGAUUCGUCAUCAGCCUUGUUUAGUACCCUAUUUAAAUGUACAUAGUUUUAUUCAUGUUAACUUCAUUUAGCACAGGUUGUGACAAUGGAAGGCUGGGCUGGCCUCUCAUUACCUUCCAUGUCUACAUUUGGAUGGCUGUUGGCUCUCAUCUCUUGGCUCUCAGUGUUGAUCAUUUCUUCUUGUCAUGUAUUCACAUGAGCACAAAUUUUUUUGCUCCCAUCAUAUUUUGUAGUUUGUGUAGGGAGAGAAAUUACUGUAUAGCUAUCCUCACAAAAUUUCUUUUUGAAGAAGAUUGUACUCUUGUUUGUGUUCAAGUACUAUGUAAUAUUGGUAUGUAACACUGUUGUCAUCAGCUAAUUAGUAGUCUUCAGAAGUACCAUCUCAUCUCAACCCACAUUCCAUCAGGGUUCUGUUGUAUGUCACCAAAUUUUUUAUUUAUUUUUUUUUUCUCUCUUUUACAGCAAUUAUAUUUAGACAACACUUAACUUAUUUUAUUGUGGUGAAGUUUUCAUGUUGAUAUUCUUCACUUUGGUUAUGAUUGUUUUUUUGUUUCUUUGAUGAUAGCAAGAGGUACACUUCAUCAACCUUAUAAUAAGGGAAAAUGUUGCAGUGUGCAACACCCAGUCAGGCAUCAUAGCAGCACCAGCAGGCAGUAGAGUGGGUCUUGAAUCUGCUUCACCUCUGGCCACUGAGUUGAAGAACUUCCUUUGAAAAUAUCUACUUGCCUUUACCUUUCACAUGAGACCAGCUGCCUGGCUCUGGGCUUCAAGUAUACCCUGUGCCCCCACAGGCUCUCACAGUCAUGCUGCUGUUCACUUUCAUGUGUGAAGUAUUAUGCAGCACCAUCAUCCUUUUUAAAACUCAUAAAUUUACUCUGAUUCUCUUAGAUGUAAAUGUGUGGGAUGUUGUUACAUUGUCAUCAAUAAUCCAGUUUUCUAUAUUAAGGUGGGAGACCGAGGACAUUCAAUUGAAGCCAAAUGGUAAAACAGAUUGUGAAUUGUUACAUUCACUUUCCAUUCAAGGUAUGACAUUCUCAUUCCACAAAGCCACAUGUGCCUGUCUAGUUUUUCUGAGUCCUGAGCAAGUACAGGAUUCAGUUCCAGGUUUCUGUGACCAUUUUGUUAUCUUUAUGACAAGACUAAAAGAGGAAGAGGAAUACCAAACUCUUACCCUCCUCUUCCAAUACUUACACAUAGGAUCACACGAGGCUGCUCGCAUGACAAAACCAGUAGUCCAUAGGGUCACCAAGUCCUGACACCAUAUCGGUUUAUUACAUGGCGUAAAUCUUUACUCUCUCUUUAGGAACUACAGUCACUAGUUAAGGAUAGAAGCUUGGCAGAGCUCAGUGACCAGAGAAGGCAGCUUUGUGAUCCACUUCUUGCCAUCAAUUUAUUCAUCAAAAUCUGUUAUACACAUUGUUUUUGGCGUGUAGUUCAUGGCUUCCAUGGAUCCAGCCAUUUCAGGAAGUCACAAACGUAAAACUGGAUCUGUUGUUGUCGUUCCGUUUUCAUGGAUUUUAUCGGUUGUGCAUUUCGUGUGGUGGCCUCCCGCCCGCCAGCCAGGACCUGACCCUCAAUAAGUAUUAUUAUCCGAGGCUCAGUCGGCGGCCCACACACUCACCACUCUUCUUGAGGGUUGUAUGUAUGUAUGUACGUACGUUUGUAUGUAUGUAUGUUUGUAUAUUUUGCAUGAGUGGCAUAGUAUUCCAGUGCUAAAGUUUGUUUUAUUUAUAACAAUGUGUAUAUGAUGUAAAAAAUAAUAUUAGUUAUGAUAAUAAUAAAAUAUUAAUUAAU